GAGGAGAGCAGGUUAUAAAUAGAGGUAUUUCUGCCGGUUGUUUUCUUUGAGCAAGGGGAAGAGCAAGAAGCAAGAUGGCGUCUACGAGUCGUGGAGAAGCUCUGGCCUUACCCAAAGUUCAGUGUCCCAACCAUCCUGAUGCCAUACUGGUGGAGGACUACAGAGCAGGCGACAUGAUCUGUCCUGAAUGUGGCCUCGUCGUAGGCGACCGGGUGAUCGAUGUGGGCUCAGAGUGGAGGACGUUUUCUAACGAGAAAGCUCUGAAAGAUCCAUCCAGAGUGGGAGACGCCCAGAACCCGCUGCUGAACGGAGGAGACCUGACCACCAUGAUCAGCAAAGGAACGGGCGCGGCCAGCUUCGACGAAUUCGGCAACUCCAAGUAUCAGAACCGCCGGACCAUGAGCAGCUCGGACCGGGCCAUGCUGAACGCCUUCAAGGAGAUCAGCACCAUGGCCGACCGCAUCAACCUGCCCAGAAACAUCGUCGACAGAACCAACAACCUGUUCAAGCAGGUUUAUGAGCAGAAGAGUCUGAAGGGGCGAGCCAACGACGCCAUCGCCUCAGCCUGCCUCUACAUCGCCUGCAGACAGGAGGGGGUUCCCAGAACCUUCAAAGAGAUCUGCGCCGUCUCCAGGAUCUCCAAGAAGGAGAUCGGCAGGUGCUUCAAGCUCAUCCUGAAAGCGCUGGAGACCAGCGUGGACCUCAUCACCACGGGCGACUUCAUGUCCCGCUUCUGCUCCAACCUGGGCUUACCCAAGCAGGUCCAGAUGGCGGCGACGUUCAUCGCCAGGAAGGCCGUGGAGCUGGACCUGGUUCCGGGCAGGAGCCCCAUCUCAGUGGCCGCCGCGGCCAUUUACAUGGCCUCCCAGGCGUCUGCCGAGAAGAAGACCCAGAAAGAAAUUGGCGACAUCGCCGGCGUCGCCGACGUCACCAUCAGACAGUCCUACAGACUCAUCUAUCCGCGCGCAGCAGAACUUUUCCCUCCGGACUUCAAGUUCGACACGCCUGUGGACAAACUGCCUCAGCUGUGAAGCAGCCUCCGCCUCCUUUUCCUCUGCUGUUCCGUUUUUACGUUGGUUUACGAUGCAAACCCGUUUGUUUUGGUCAGAUGAAGCCUUUCUGGAGGCGGACAGGGACACAGCAAACAUUCCAGGGCUUAAACGAACCGCCUGUACUUUGCAGUAUUUCAUUUGACUGUAUAUAUACACUCUACCAUGUAUAUAUGUCCAAGUGGGAGGAUUAAAAAAAUGUGACGCUUGCAGUUUUAGGCUUUUUUUCAUACUGAGCACUUCGUUUUGUAGAACAUUUGCCAGGUUCUAUUUUGUUUGAAAUGUCUCAAGUAAUUUAAGAAUAGAAGAUUUUCAAUUUGUGGUUUGUUCUACAAAAAUAAAACAGUUUAGAAGAUAUAA